AGGUGGAAACCCCAACGCGAUGCAACCGCAGGCUCAGCCGCAACCUCAAGGGCUAAUCGUGGAGACGGGGAACGGUGCGAGCGUGCUUCAACUGCCAGCCACUACGCUCGAACAAAUCCGCCAUAUUGCGGCAGACCCCGGCGCUUCUACUCUACGCCUCCCACCUGCUAGCGAGCUCCCAACAGGGGCACGCGAGUCUGAUUUCGAUCUUUGCUACGUUUGCAAGCAUUGCAAAGUAGCUUUCCCAUCAGCCGCUCCUCUGCAAACUCAUCAGGCACGCUCUUGCUACGCGGGCAGGGAGGCGGCGCGUGGCGUCAUACGCGUCGUGCAGCCAGCGCUAGAAUGCCGGACGUGCCCCGGAGAACGGUUCCGCACGUCGGCAGACUUCCGCCGACACGCCGACACCGAGCUUCACCUGCGCAACCUCGCACCGCCACCUCCACCGCCAGUGCCGGAGCCGCUUUCUCACGAGAUGGAAGACGUUGUCAACCAGAUAACGCUGCUGGCCGCACGUGCCGCGCAGGACACCUCGCCGAAGGAUCCCAACGUCACCUUCUGCGCGCCAGGUCCGCGCUUCCCGCAGCCCGGCGAGCUCUCGAUCGCGAGCGCUGGACAUUAA